CACGAGAGCGGCGGGGCUUCGCUGUCUCCCGAGCUCGGGCACCGCUGCCAUCUGCUCCACCAGGCGUCCGCGCGUCCCCCGCGGCUCUCAGCUCCACGUCGGCGUCCACCAUGGAGGCGCAGGCACAAGGCUUACUGGAGACGGAACCACUGCAAGGAAGAGAUGAGGAUGCAAUAGCCAGUGCUGACUUCUCUAGCAUGCUCUCUGAGGAGGAGAAGGAGGAGCUAAAGGCAGAAUUAGUUCAGCUAGAAGACGAAAUUACAACGCUACGGCAAGUUUUGUCGGCCAAAGAAAGGCACCUCGUCGAGAUCAAACAGAAACUCGGCAUGAACCUGAUGAACGAGUUGAAGCAGAACUUCAGCCGAAGCUGGCACGACAUGCAGACCACAACUGCGUACAAGAAAACACAUGAAACCCUGAGCCACGCAGGGCAGAAGGCCACAGCAGCUUUCAGUAACGUGGGAACAGCCAUCAGCAAGAAGUUUGGAGAUAUGAGGUCUCACUCUAUUGGGUAUUCCAUUCGCCAUUCCAUAAGUAUGCCAGCCAUGAGGAAUUCUCCUACUUUCAAAUCAUUUGAGGAGAGGGUUGAGACAACUGUCACAAGCCUCAAGACGAAAGUAGGAGGGACAAACCACAGUGGAGGCAGCUUCGAGGAGGUCCUGAACUCCACAGCGCAUGCCAGCUCCCAGAAUGCUUCAGGAGGCCCCCGGCAGACCACGGAUGAGGAGCUGCAAUGCUAGGUCCAGCCAGCCAGGCUGCUGGCAGUGGAUCUGCUCGCUCAUCUCCUGAUACGAAGACCAAAAUCCCAUUGGGAAAACAAGUUUUGAUAUUGCUAUUUAAAUGGCCUCUCCCUAAAGUUUAAUAAAAUGAUUUCCAUUGGCAUUUGUGUUGAUGAUGGACCCCUGGACCAUCACACUGCAGUAUUCUCAAGUGUCAUCGUACAAGUUCAUAAUUGGUCAUAAUUCUUGUCUGUGUAACUCAAUGCAUAUUUCCCAAACAUGCAGCUACAAUGAUUAGCUUUGGUAUUUGCUUGGUCUCCAUAACAAUGUGCAUGUCUGAUGUGCUAUCAGUUUGAAGAUCAAUAGGUACAGGCACUCUUUGAGACUGUCGCUAACAGUAGGCCAAGUGACUACAAACUUCACCAAACUGCUUGUGAUCUCUCUCAUCUACAUCAAUUAUGUACAUUUAUUUAAGUCAUUAAAACAAUCCAUUUUAAUGAUGA